UCUGCCGCAAAAAGGAACCCAAUUUCACGAAUAGGAAAACGUCUCAUUGAUUCCAUUUCACGUUUCACAGUGCAAAAAUGGCGUCGGAGUCUGCCGAGAGGAAGAAAGCUUAUCGGAAGUUGAAGAAGCGAGCUCGAAGUGAGAUGGACCAGCAGCUCGAACGGCUGGAGUCGCUGCCCUGGAGCUCUUCGCUUCCAGCGAGUAAUGGCGACGGCGACGAUGACCUCUCCCUCUUCAUCGGAUCCAACGAACUAGAAGGAGGAUUUCUUACUCUUGAAGAGAUUGAUGAAGCAGAGUAUGGGUUGGAAAUUCCCAAUGUUAAGGUUGAAACCAAGAGAAAAGAUUUAAAAGGAAAAAAAGAAUCAAAGAGAAGUAAGCUAAAGGAAGGGGAUGCUGAUGACAGCUUGGAUGCUGAUAGUUAUGGUGAAUGUAGUGAUAAGGAUGAAGAAAGCAAAGAAGGUGAUAAGAAGAAGAAGCAGAAAAAGAAGAAAAAGGAGGGGAAGAAAAAGAAAAAAGAUAAUCAGAAGAAUGACGAGACAGAUAAAGCACAGGAAAAUGCAGAGACGGCUACUGCUAGUGAUGCAAAGGACAAUUGCGAUGUUGAAGAGGAAUUAAUUGAUGAAGACGAAUAUUAUUCAUGGAAUGAGUUGAGACUUCAUCCCAUGAUUAUGAAAUCAAUAUACAGGCUCAAGUUUAAGGAGCCCACUCCAAUACAAAAGGCUUGCAUUCCAGCUGCUGCUCAUCAAGGGAAGGAUGUAAUUGGUGCUGCUGAGACAGGAUCGGGUAAAACACUUGCCUUUGGGUUACCCAUCUUACAGCGUCUUCUGGAAGAACGAGAAAAGGCUGAGAGGCUCAUGGUCGAAAAAGCAGAUGGCAGUGAUGGGAUUGCUCCACAAGGGGUUCUACGUGCUCUCAUUGUUACCCCUACGAGGGAGCUUGCACUCCAGGUGACAGAUCAUCUCAAGGCAGUUGCGUUAGGCACCAAUGUUAAGGUAGUUCCUAUUGUUGGUGGCAUGUCAACUGAGAAACAGGAAAGACUUCUGAGAGGAAGGCCUGAAAUUGUUGUUGGAACACCUGGCAGACUGUGGGAACUUAUGUCAGGUGGAGAACUGCACCUUGUGGAGAUGCACUGCUUGUCAUUUUUUGUGCUAGAUGAGGCCGACCGCAUGAUUGAAGCUGGUCAUUUCCGCGAGUUACAGUCCAUCAUUGACAUGCUUCCAAUGGGCAAGGAACCAACAGAGAGCCAGCCCGAUAAUACACAAAACUGUGUGACUCUUGCAAACCUUCCUAGGAAGAAAAGACAAACCUUUGUGUUUUCUGCAACUCUAGCAUUAUCAGCUGAUUUCCGUAAGAAGUUGAAGCAUGGAUCUUUGCGUGCAAAAAAAGAUGAUCUUAGUUCAUUUGAGACCCUUUCACAGAGAGCUGGAAUGAGACCUAACACUGCUAUAGUGGAUCUAACUAGCUCUUCAAUUUUAGCAAACAAGCUUGUGGAAUCAAUUAUUGAGUGUCAAGAAGAUGAAAAGGAUGCCUAUUUGUAUUAUAUAUUAAGCAUUCAUGGACAGGGCCGUGCAAUUGUCUUUUGCACCUCCAUUGCAGCUCUGCGCCGCAUUUCUUCCAUAUUGCGUAUCCUCAACUUAGAUAUCUGGACCCUUCAUUCAGAAAUGCAGCAGAGGGCACGUCUGAAGUCGAUAGAUCGUUUCCGUGCAGAUGAACAUGGCGUUCUUGUUGCUACAGAUGCUGCAGCACGAGGGCUUGACAUUCCUGGUGUCCGGACUGUGGUUCAUUACCAGCUUCCACUUUCGGCCGAAGUAUACGUCCAUAGAUGUGGAAGAACAGCUAGAGCCUCUACCGAUGGUUGUAGCAUUGCUCUAAUAUCACCGAACGAUGCAUCAAAAUUUGCAUCUUUGUGCAGAUCCUUUUCAAAGGAAAGUUUCCAGCGGUUCCCUGUUGAGGUCUCAUGCAUGCCAGAGAUUACAAAGCAAUCAUCUCUUGCACAUCAAAUAGACAAGAUUGUCAGAAAGGGUUCCCAGGAAAAGGCUGAGAGAAGUUGGUUGGAGCGAAAUGCUGAAUCAGUUGAAUUGAUUUUGGAUGAUAAUGAUAGUGAGGAGGACAGAGUGAAGAAAUAUCGGCAAAACAAAGCCCAAUCAAAUAAGUUGAAGCAGUUGCAACAGGAGCUCAACACACUACUUUCCAGACCAUUACAACCCAGAACAUUUUCAAAGCGCUUUGUGACUGGGUCUGGUGUUUCGUCGCUGCUUCAACAUCAAUUUGAAGAAAUUGCAAAGAGAAAACCAGAGGAUGCAAAUGAUUUAGGUCCGAAUAAAAGGAGAAGGUUGGUCGUUAUAGGCCAAAAUUGCGUAGAACCACUUCAGGCAUUGCGCAGUGCAAGUAAUGAGCCACACUUGGAUCUCAAAGCAAUUGCAGAAAAGCAGAGAAAUUCAAACGACUUGAGAAGGAAGAGGAAAGAGAUGAAAAAACGUUUGCACGAGCAAAGACGAAAGCAACGUAAACAACUUAAGAAAGGACAAGAUUAGCUUUACUUAAUCAAGGAAAAUGCAAGCUAGAUGAUACCUAACCUACGGGUAAAAUUGAUGUAUCAAUUCUAGUUCAUUUUUGUUAGAUGCAAGGGCUGCUCCUAUGGCCAACACUUGCACAAAAUCCUCUAGAUUCCUUUUCAUCUUCAUCUUCAUCUUCAUCUUCAUCUUCAUCUUCAUCUUCAACAAACAGAAGUCGUGAUUGCAAGGGAAAACACCAAAAUAGGAUGAAUUGUAAUCUAGUUCAAUACCUAUACAGUUCUUGGAACUUUUAAUUCGUACUCCAUUUAGUUUGGUGUGCUUUUCUUGAUUAUACUGUACAAGCUUGGUAUACCCUUGUUAUGUAUCUCAGUUUUCUAUUUCGGUCUGUUCCA